AUAUUAAAUACGGCCACUGUGCCGGGCGGUGGACAAGAAAGGUGUAAAAGGGGCUACAUGGCCAAUGAUCUCGUCUGCGUCGUAGUCAGUGAAGUUAACGUUGAAGCCGAGCGUGUUGUUGCAGUUAUGAACGUACCUGCUCGGGAAGGGCAAGCGCCACACCCACCUAUAGGACUUAUUCAUUCCGACGACCUUCCGGAAGCCUAUAAGAAAGCGAUGGACAACAAAGGCCAGAGUUAUGAAAUGCUGUUGGAGAAUAGUACUGGCUUCAACAAUCCGAACAACAUAAAAUAUCUGUGCGACUUGGUCGGUCUUGGACAAGAGAAUCAUUCUAAUAUGGUUGGAUUGAGAGAGAGAUUUCCGCCAAAUGAAUACGCUUCUGAAUUACGACAAGCGCAAGCAAGUAAAUGGGCGUUCCGAAGCGUUGCUGAGGGUAUAGAUCAUUUCAAGGCCGGCCGUCAUUCCGAAGCUUUCCAGUGUCUCAACAAAGCACUCACCGUUGAUCCUCGGAAUGUUGAAGGCUUAGUCGCUCGAGGAGCAUUAUAUGCAAAUAGCGGAAGUUUCAAGAAGGCGAUUGACGACUUUGAGACAGCCUUGAAAUUAAAUCAAACGCAUGCAAAUGCUCGUAAGUAUAUGGCGGAAACGUUAGUGGCGCUUGGUCGUAGUUAUGAAGACGAGAAGAAAUACGAAGACGCUCAAAAGGCAUACGAGAACUGCUUGGCGAUUGCGCCGUAUCACGAGGAAGCGCGAAAUUCCAUCGAGUACAUAAAAUCUAAGACCCUUACAGCAUCACUGAAUCCUUUGGAUACCUUUAAAAAUUUCGAAACCGAGAAUGACGUUGUAGAAAACAAAAAAGAUAAAAAGAAGCAAAAAGAGAGAAAAUCUCGAUCAAAGAAGAGGCAAAGAUGGAGUUCCAGCUCGAGUUCCUCCUCCAGCGGUUCUUCGAGUUCUUCAAGUUCGGACUCGAGCAGCUCGUCGUCGUCCGGAAGCUCUCGUUCGGCAUCCCGUUCGCCAAGUCGUAAGCGCAAGCACAAGAAAGAUCAUCGCAGCUCGCUUUCACCACUUAGCAAGCGUAUGGCCCAAUAUAAUAAUCCUCCGGCUGCAGCUGCCACUACUCAUGAUACUAUCGCGCCGGCCUCUUAUACUGCGAAUACGCGCGAUAAGGUUGAUGACUACGAAACUAAAGUACGCAAAUUUCUUGAGCAGACCAAGGAUGAUUCUGAUUACGAAGAUAAGGUGAGAAAAUUCUUGGAAGAGACAGCGAGAUGGAAGAGAGAAAGGGAAAAGGAAAAGAAACACUCUGAGAGUGAAAAGAUGAAGAAGAAGAAGAAGAAAGAGAAGAAGGGAAAAGACAAAGAGAAGGAGGAUAAGAAGAGUCGAAAGAAAAAGAAGAAAGAAGAACGGAAAAAGCGUAAAAACAAGGAUAAACUCGAACGAGAUUUAGAAGCGUUGAAAAAGUCGUCUUUACCAGACUUGGAACAGUUAGAGUCCAAACUUAAUGCUUAUUAUGCAAAGGUUGAGAAAGACUGUGCGGCGUUGAAAAGGUAUGUAGCACAGUAUAAUGACAUACCUUCCCCUCUUAGCAACGCGGAGAAGCUCGCUGAGAGUUCACGUAGGGAGGAGGAGCUGCGCAGAGAGAGGGAAAGGGAGAGAGACGAAGCUUCAAAGGCGUAUCACGAGCGAGAAUCCAGGAUGCCCAUGACUGCGCAACAGAGGAAAGAAAUACAGAGGAAGCCACUAACAGACAUAUUUGAACAAGAGUCCCAAUUGAUUCAUCCAGAACCAAAGCUGCCUACGUUAGAUACUGCUGCGUUGAAUGCAAAAUGGAAAGCUGCGCAAGCUGCUAGACAAAAAGACGUUCCUCCGCCAAAGUGGCAAGAUAUUCCACCGGAAAGCAAGAAAAUGCAAUCUAAUGUUUUUGUGGACAGUGAUGAGGACGAUGACAACGAAUUGGAAGAGAGGCUACAACGCGCAGCUCUCGAAAAGUCCUUAAAUAUACGGAAGCAGAUGCAGCGUGAACUUGCCGAAAAGAGAGCACCGCCGCCGCAAUCUGCACCGACACCUCCACCGCCAUUGCCGAAGGAGCCUCCGAAGCAAGCGCCUGUCAAGUAUCCCACGCCACAACCGCAAAACAAAUUCCAAUCGUACAAAGAACCCACCAUGUCCAUUUCGCAAACCACACCGACCAAAUUUGGCUCUAAUAACAAUUUGGGUGGCAAGUUUCAACCGAUCGGUCAAAACAGCGGAACCGGACAUCCACCCGAACCACCGCGGCCUCCGCCACCAGCGAAAAAUAGUCAAGCCAAAGGACCGAGAACCGAUUCCGAUAGCGAGACUGAGCGAGGUCAUCGACAGACUCCGAAGAAACGUGAUUCGAGCAGAGGUGGUGUCAACAAGCGUAUGAGCAGAGACCGUCCGGCUAAACGAUCGCGCAGCCGAUCUCGUAGUGCAUCCAGUUCAGGUUCGUCGAGAUCUCGAUCACCGAGGCGAAGUCGUUCGCGAUCGUAUUCAAAUCGACGAUCGGGAAGUUACGAGAGGAAGUAUAGCAGAUCUCCAUCUGGCACCUACAGCAGAUCGCGAUCACGUUCGCGAACUAGAUCAUAUUCGAGGAGUCGCAGCCGCAGUAGGUCAGGUGAUCGAAAUUAUUAUCGCAAGAGACAAUUUCGGCCGUAUAAUAAUCGCGGCACGUACUACAAGCCACGUUUCCAAGGCUUCAAUAAUCCGAAUCAUCGCGGCGGCGGUAACAAUUUCCAAAACCGAAAUCGCUUUUACAACAAUCAGCAUAACAAUCGCUUCGGCAAUCGUCGCGGUGGUGGCUUCAACAAUCGUGGCGGCCGCGGCGGUCGUGGUAAUCGUGGUGGCAGAUUCUUCCACAAACAGAAUUUCCGUGAUUUCCGCGAUAGACGGGACUUUAGAGAUCGCCGUACAUCGCGCGAUCGGUACAGCGAUCGCAGCUACUCGCCUGAUCCAAUGAGGAAGGUGGACGAAGCAAAGGAGAAGAUCAACAAGAUGCUGGAAGGUGGCGAGGACGUCGAACAUCAGCAGGGUGGCAGCGGUGGCUCAACUGUACCACCUAACAAGAGACAAGCUGGACCCUUGAGCGAAGGAGAGGAAAGAGAUGAUGAUGACUAUGAGAGAUGGGGAGGAGAGGGGGGCGAUGCAGCUAGCACCAAGGUUGGUUAGACUCUGCGUAGGUUUUUGGCAUACGAAAAUGGCCGGCUCGUCUUUGCGAUGACGAUCAUGAUAACAAUUGAUGAUAAAAGCGGAAUAGCUGACGGAGAAAAU